AUGGUAAUGAUGUUUGUUGUCUUUUCUGGGCUCCUUUUGCUCGCUGCGCUGCCGACGCGCCAGCUCGAGCAGACCAGCAGCGACAGCGGCCAGGCCAAACCCGCUCCGCUCGCCUUCGACGCCGACGGCACUUUCCACAUCUCCAUCUUCGAGGACCUCCAUUUUGGCGAAAAUGCAUGGGACGCGUGGGGCCCCCAGCAGGACGUCAACUCUGUCAAGGUGAUCGGACAGGUGCUGGACGCAGAGCCGCAGACCGGCCUCGUCGUGCUCAACGGCGACCUCAUCACGGGCGAGAAUACUUUUCGCCAGAAUAGCACCCACUAUAUCGACCAGAUCGUCCAGCCCAUGCUGCAUCGGGGCCUAACCUGGGCGUCAGCCUACGGCAAUCACGACAGCGACUACAACCUCUCGCGCUCCCAUCUGCUGGAGCGCGAGCGUCGAUGGCCCAGCUCGCGCACCGAACGGAUGGUGCACAACGACACGGCCGGCGUGUCCAAUUACUACCUGCCCGUGUACGCCGCCGACUGCCAGUCCGACUGCACCCCAGAGCUGCUGCUGUGGUUUUUCGACAGCCGCGGCGGCUUCCUGUACCAGCAGCGAGACCCGGCGACGGGCGACCGCGUCGGGCAGCCCGACUGGGUCGACGCGAGCGUCGUCGGCUGGUUCCGCCAGACGAACCAGCAGCUGGUCGACGGCGCAGGGAAAGCCAUCCCGGCGCUGGCUUUCGUACACAUCCCCACCAGCGCGUCGCUGGCCCUGCAGAAAAAGGGCCUAGAUGCGCACCGCCAGCCGGGAAUCAACGACGACGUGCCCGUCGCGCAGCAGGGCGACGGGCCGUGCCCCGACGGAACCGCGGCCGGCGGCGCAACCUGCGAGCAGGACGUGCCGUUCCUCGAGGCGCUCACGUCCACGCCGGGCCUGAUGGCGCUGUUCUCGGGCCAUGACCACGGCGACACGUGGUGCUACAGGUGGGACAAAGCCACGCUGCCCGACUUCCCCGUCGCGGGGAACGGGCUGAACCUGUGCUUCGGCCAGCACUCCGGCUACGGCGGGUACGGCAGCUGGAUCCGCGGCGCCCGCCAGGUCGUCGUGUCGCUGGACAGGCUCGCGGAUCUCGCUGUCGACACUUACAUCCGGCUCGAGUCGGGUGAUGUUGUCGGCGCUGUCACGCUGAACGCCACGUACGGCCAGGACGUCUACCCCGCGACACCCAAUGACAAGACGAAGUGUCCGACGUGCUGA